CAGUGCUGAAAUCACCUCUGCACAUGGCAUGGCAUGGGCUGGCAUGGGAUGGAGUGGCAUGGGAUGUCUGCCCCAUUUUUGCAGGCUUAUUGGGGUGGGGCAUGUUGUGCUAUGCAUCCACACAGGAGCUGUAAUUAGAGGUUAAGACACACGUCCUUCAAACCUGUUAUUUAUAAGAUUGCUAAAUCCCUGGUGAUCACACAUUGAACAGAGCUUUAUAAAGAGAGGUUCAUUCCUUCCUCUUGGUCUCAGCAGCUUCAGGGUGACACGACAAUGUCAGCCAAAGCCACGAGCAUAUUCCUCCUGCUUCUUGUUCUGCUGGCAGUACCCCAGGCUGCUCCAGAGUCGGACACUGUCACGUGUCGGAAGAUGAAGGGCAAGUGUUCAUUCUUGCUGUGUCCUUUCUUCAAGAGAUCCACUGGUACCUGCUACAACGGACUGGCAAAGUGCUGCAGACCCUUUUGGUGACAUUCCAUGGUCUGUGUUGAGCUGGUAGCCUUGGUAGUGUCAUUAGCAGUGACAGCAGUAUGUAACAUCAUCCUUCCCUACGUGGCCAUGCUGUUGUUUGGGGUGCUGCUAUACCUGGAGCUGGGAAAGGCACUUUGGCAGGAAGCCUCACAUCUGCUCUUUAUUCACGGAUCCAUAUCUGGGGAAUCGCUGUGCUCUUCAUCCCCUGCAUGCUGCCCCUCCACCAUCACCAAGGCAGGGUUGAGCUGUGUGCCUGAAAUGGGACCACUCCCCUCUUUUCCAAAGAUGUUUCUUGGUGUGAAUUUCCUACUUGUGUCAAGGGCAGUGCCAUGUGUCCCAUGCCAUGCAGAUCUCUCACACUCAACUUUCCUGUGACAGCUGCCCAUAAAGCCCCAAGGGCCACAUCGUAUUUAGGAGGCUCGUGUCUAUUAACCUGCCCACCUUCUUCAUGCAGUAUUUUCUGAACGGAUGUGUGAAUGUGAGAUAUCACCCUUAUCUUUCAUUCUUCGCUGUAGGAUCUCUCUUCUUUUCUUUUAGACCCCACAUUUCCUCACUUCCCCUUUUAAAUGUCUGUAAAAUCUGAAGGCUUUUAUCUUCCAUCAUGGCCAACUCCCACCUGCCCUCUGUUGGGACCCAGCUGGACACUGAAGUCUUCUGCUCUCUGCAGGCUCUGAACAAUAGCUCAGCCUUACAAAAUAGAAGUGGUUUGUGCCCUUUUUCUCUUCUGUAACAUGCAUUCAAAGAGCCUACUUUG